GUCAGUAGACUUCAGUUGAGAGUUUUCCUUUACCCAGGCCGGACCUAGACCAACAUGGCCAGUAGAUUCAUUGUUGCAGCCCUCGCUGUGUCCGCUGUACACUGCAGUGGACCCGUUCAUCACCCUGCCCCUCACCAUCCAGCUCCUUAUGGAUAUACACCAGCCCCUGCUCCUUAUGCACCUGAGCCUGCCUACCAUGUGACUCCUGCCUAUGGUCAUGAGGCUCCAGUUUAUCACGAAGCCCCUCACCAUGCCCCGGCCUACGCUGAGCCCGCCUACCAUGAACCCGCCUAUGGUUACACUCCUACCCCUGCUCCUUAUGGAGCUCCUCAUCAUGCUCCUGUCCACCAUGCUCCUCCCCAUCACGCCCCUGCCCACCAUGCCCCCGCCCCUUAUCACACUCCUGCCCCUGUUGAUCACUACAAACCCCCCUACUGCUCUGUGGAUAACCCUAAGACCUGGUGUCUCGAGGAUAAGGAGUAUCCCAAGUACGAGAUUGAAGCUGCUCUGCAAUACCAUUACGAUGGAGUCCAAACUCUGUACAAGGAUGUUCUUGCUAACACUGACAACAGCAUUGAUCGUCUUAAUGAGAUCGUUCAGGAAACUUACAUCUGCCCUUCAGUCACAGCUUACAUCCAGCCCCUCCGAGCCGUGAACACUGAUGGAAAAUGGAGAAUUGUUGUCAACGGAGUAAAGGCCCACUACGAGACCCUUACCCAGACCGCCAGAAUUGAGGAGUGCACUACUGCCGGAGAGUCCUGCCCCCUUGUUGCCCCCUGCUACGAGACCAAAUGUCUCCAGAAGAGCAUCUACCACAGAUUCCUCACCUUCGAUCCCUAUGAUCAGUAUUUCCCCUUUGCCAUUGAGGCUUUCAAGCUUCCUUCUGCCUGCGCUUGCUACAAUGGAGCCUUUGCUGAGUCUCACUAACUAUCAAGUUAACUCACUCAGAUACAGAUUAAUUAAACACUGAAACAUGUUCUAGUCAGUUCCGUUCCAGAACCUAUGGGUCCAACCUGAGUAAAGAAAAACUCACAUCAACUCGCAUCACAAAAAUGGUCAAUAAAAUAUUAAAAAAAAAAA